AUGGAAGGGCGGAGCCGAGAAAGGGGAAAAGGAAGGAAAAAGAAUAAGGGGAACCCGAAAGGGAGUGGACGAAAGAGGAAGGCAAGCCGAAGGCAAAGCAGGGAGAACGGGAAGCAGGGCCCAAGGGACAGGGGGAAGCCAAUAGGAGGAAACGGAGGAAAAUGGUGGGGAGAGAGGAUGGGCGGGCAAGGAGAGUACUGGGGGGGAAGGAGGGGUAUGUGGGCAGGGAAGGACGGGCGAGGGAAUGCAAGGCAGGCGCCGGCGAAGGAGGGGGCCUGGAUGAAAGAGGGGAAAAGCGGCCCAAGCGGGGAAUACAGGGGGGCCGGCGGGGAGAGGGGCGGAAGAGGGGAGAGGCAAACGAGAGGGGGCGAGGGCCACCGCGAGGGGGGCAGGAUAAUGGAGGAGGGCAGAGGGCAAGCGAUGGAGGGGGGAAAGGGAGAAAAGGGAAUGGACGAGAGGCCCACCUGGGGCUGA